AUGAUGGAUUUUUGGUUCGACGAGGCGAAGGCGGUCCACCGUGGACGAAAGAGCGAAGAUAUGUCGUCGGGGAUCCACCUGACCGUCAGACGCAUGGAACACUCUGACCUGCCCAUUCUGGAGAGGCUGAUUCGACCGGACACGUUCGAAAUCUUUGGCGAAACCGACCUUGGACGAAUCUACGAGGCGUCCUGCCUGUCCGUGGUCCAGUGCAACGAGAAACGGGACGUCGUGUCGGGCAUGUGCCUCUGCAAUUAUCCCAACGUGCCGUCGGUGAUCGCUCAAGAUUGGCCCGCCUGGUUGGGCACGCUAUACGGGUUGGAGAACGUGACGGAAAGGGACUCGAUGUUCGUGCACUUCCUCGUGUGGGACAGACGGUACACCGGUCAUUUCUUCGAGGACCUUCUGACCGGGCUGUUCGACGUCGCCUCGUAUCUCCUGCACGUGAUCCUCGUGCUACCUCCGCGGGUUAUUCCAGCGGACGUGUUCGAGCAGCAGAUGAUCAGGAUCUCGUCCAAGUGCUCGACGAACACGUACUCCGUGCAGUCCCUCUACGUGACCGUUCGUCAUUCGAAAAACUCCCGGCUGAGGAUCCGACGCAUCGUUGAGAACGAAACAUUCCCGCGCGACAGAGAGGAGGAUAACGACCUGGUGAUACCGAUCAUCGGCGCAGAGUCGCGUCUCGUGGAGGAGUUUUACGGGGAGUAUUACGUCAGCGAGAUGGUUCGUUAUCCCAACGAUUACAGGCAGCUGAUCGUCUCCGAGGACCACGACGGCCUGGCCACUGGCGUCAUGUUCCUCAACAGAAGAGUAGACGUCGACGCUCUCAACGAGAACUUCGAGCUUGGACCCUACAACGGUCUCAGGAAGCCCAGCGAGGACGACGUUUUCCCUCCGGGGAGCAUGGAACCGGCCAGCGAGACCUUCUUCUCCAUUUUCUCGGGAAAGCCUCGAACGAAGAGGAUCUACGGAGACAGCUUGUCGACGCUGAUAUCCGCGGAGGAUUUGGAGGAACCUAACGAAAGCAACAGCUUGAAAGACUUGAACGAUCGUCGGGACGAAAAGUUUACGGAGAAGCCAAUUACUUUCUCGAAGAGCGACAUUCUCUCCGAGUCAUCGAUCACCGAUAAUUUUAGCGAUAACUACGGCUCGAAAAUGCAGACCAGCGUGUUUCAGGACACUUUGCUCGAUAUUCCACCGCGUACCAUUGAGAUGCAACAGAGAUUAUCCGAUGACGCUGUACGCUACGCAUCGAGCGUCUCUUUUGGGGCGACUAACGACUCGCGAGGGCCUUCUCGAGGAUUGGGAAGACGUCUGUCAGCUUUUGCGCGGAAUUCCAAAGGCGGAGAACACGCUGAGCGACUUGGAGGCGGCGGUGACGAAGCGACGCUCCGACCUGUUUUGUUACGUCUUCCAAUGGAACGAUGCGAUAAUCGGCGUGGCGAUUCUCUGGUAAUUCCUUCGACCCGUGAACUUCUUCGAUCAUAUUCUAUUAGCGCAUCCGAUCGUGCAAUUAGUGCCGAGAAGGACGUCGUGUUCAUCAAAAGACGGUACCACGUGGAGGAUUACAUGGCGACGCAGAAUGUGGCUUAUGACGCUCACGGUUGCAUCUUGCAUUUCGUGUUAACGCCGAUCUUCUCUGUUCAUCUGCGGUUCUUCUUCCGCGAAAUGAUGCGUCUCAGCGGCUUGGCAGUAUUGUAUUAUCGGCUCGAGGAACGCGCCUUGAGCGCUCUGACUCGUUCGCAGCCCCUAGCGACCUGUUUGGACGCCAUGGUCUUCGUCAAUCCUCGACAGAGGAUCGAGUACAAGUUCCAUGGCUGCGCGGAAACCGAUAAGCCCAAAACGACCAGCGAACCUUUCGCGCUUUUCAUGACGACGCCCAGGUUGGCGAACCUCGGCCAUUUUAUCGUCGACGCGAAAGUCGUUGUCGUGGGCGCCUCCGACUGCGGAGUCGCUUUCAUGGAACACCUCGCCUUAGGGCCCACUCUAGAUUCAGUGCGAUUCGCGAAUCUCACGCUGAUAUCGCCGAACGGUUUGCCCUUCGAGAAACAACAUGGCGGCGCGAUCGUGCGUUCGAUUCCCUUUCGAGGUCGAUACUGUCGAGAUUAUCGUCGUCUGGUCGUAGCACGUGCUUGGAUCAACGUCAUCUACGGCACGGUGGUAACGAUUAACAGGAAAGAGAAGUACGUGACGGUGAUGAAUCAAGGGAACAUCACGUACGACUACUUGAUACUGACCUGCGGAUUGCAAUACCAGAGGCCACGGUUUCGCGAGGAGCUGGAGGCGCAAAAGAGCGGGUAAACGAGAACCAAGCUUCGAACGAUCGAAUGGAGAACCGCAUUAGUCUCGUUUCUUUCUCGAACAGAGAGUUCCCGAAACACGAAACGCCCUGGAAUUGUUUGACGAUCAACGACGACGUG